AUGCAAUUUUAUUGUGUUGAAAAUCAAAUACUGUUUCUUUACAUCAGACUUCUUAGCUACAACCACAUCAAGGUGGUUGGUGAAAGAGCGUUCGCUGGCUCUCAAAUUGGAACCUUAAGCCUGAAAGGAAAUCAUGAGCUCCGAGAACUUCAUGAGAACGCGUUCGAUGGAGUGCUGAUCCUCCGCACUCUAGACUUAUCCUUCACUUCCAUCACGUGGCUACCAACGCUCGGGCUGUCUGGUCUGGAAGAGCUACUGCUGGAAGACACUCCGACGCUAAAAAUAUUCCCGUCAGUGUACGCUUUAAAGAGCCUGAGAACAGCCCGCCUCACGUACCCCCAUCACUGCUGUGCCUUCCAGUUCCCUCAGCAGCACGAUCCUUCUAGACGUUAUAAACACCAGAUGAGUUUGCUGCCUGGUCUCCCACCCACCGUGGGGCUGAUGCUAAGACCCAACACAUCACUUGACGCCGGAAGUUCAUCACACGCGGACUUCCAUUCAUUCCCCGGCACAUUUCAUACAAACGCGGCGCCCGUUCACAACCAGAUCCUCGAGUUCAACUGCGGGCUGUUCGUCCUACGAGCCCCGGACGUACAUUGCACCCGUUCACAACCAGACCCUCGAGUUCAACUGCGGGCAUUGGUCAUGGCUUGCAAGAUCAUGCUUGCCGGAUGGCUCUACGCUCUCGUGAUGGCCGCGUUGCCACUGUUGGGAGUCUCUGACUACAGCAAAACAAGCAUAUGCUUACCUAUGGAUGCGAGUAGCGCGACAGCAAUCGGGUACCUCAUAGCACUGUUGCUCAUCAACGGCCUCGCCUUCAUCUCAAUAUGGUGGGUGGCCCCCGUUCACAACCAGACCCUCGAGUUCAACUGCGGGCAGUUCGUCCUACAAGCCCCGGACGCCCCCGUUCACAACCAGACACUCGAGUUCAACUGCGGGCAGUUCGUCCUACAAGCCCCGGACGUGCAUUGUACUCCAGCGCCCAACGCCUUCAACCCCUGUGAGGACAUCAUGGGCAACGUAGGGCUACGCGUGGCCGUGUGGGCGGUCGUCAUCACGGCCGUCGUGGGCAACACGGCCGUUAUUGUCGCACCCGUUCACAACCAGACCCUCGAGUUCAACUGCGGGCAGUUCGUCCUACAAGCCCCGGACGUACAUUGUACUCCAGCGCCCAACGCCUUCAACCCCUGCGAGGACAUCAUGGGCAACGUGGGGCUACGCGUGGCCGUGUGGGCGGUCGUAGUCACGGCCGUCGUGGGCAACACGGCCGUUAUUGUCGUGCUCGGGUCCUGGAGGUUCAGGAUGAACGUAAGCAAGUUCCUGAUGCUGAACUUAGCGAUCGCUGACCUGAUGAUGGGACUGUACCUUCUUAUCAUCGCAGCUAUGGACGCACACACAGUGUCGCAAUACUUCAACUACGCCGUGGACUGGCAGAAUGGUGCAGGCUGUAAAAUUGCUGGGUUUUUGACGGUAUUUUCAUCGGAGUUGUCGAUCUUUAGCCUGACUGUGAUCACAAUAGAACGCUGGUACGCCAUCACAUACGCCAUAAACCUCAACAAGCGUCUGAAGUUGGUCAUGGCUUGCAAGAUCAUGCUUGCCGGAUGGCUCUACGCUCUCGUGAUGGCCGCGUUGCCACUGUUGGGAGUCUCUGACUACAGCAAAACCAGCAUAUGCUUACCCAUGGAUGCGAGUAGCGCGACAGCAAUCGGGUACCUCAUAGCACUGUUGCUCAUCAACGGCCUCGCCUUCAUCUCAAUAUGCGGCUGCUACAUGUUGAUGUACUUCUCCAUUCGGGGCCAUAAUCCUACCACGGCCAGAUCUGACCUGAAGGUCGCCAAGCGCAUGGCGUUGCUGGUUUUUACCGACUUCGCGUGCUGGGCUCCCAUUGCAUUCUUUGGUCUGACGGCGGUGGCGGGAUGGCCUCUGAUAGACGUGACCAGAGCCAAGAUUUUGCUGGUAUUUUUCUACCCUCUGAACUCGUGCGCCAAUCCUUACCUGUACGCCAUCCUCACCAGGCAGUACCGCCGCGACUUCGUCCUGCUGCUCGAGAAGUACGGCAUUUGCGCCGACGCUGCCAAGAGGUAUCGGAGCGGAGUUUCAUCAUUCAACAACACCAUCCACCACCUCACUACCUCCCCAGGACACAAUCACAGAAGUUCAACUUCAACCCAUGUGACAAUGUGCGAUGUGCACAAGCAACAUCGUGGGUCAUGUCCUUCGCAGUGCCACAAUAACGGCAUUUCUUCAGGAGGAAGAUCUUCUCCUGGUCCCAUCUCUACCCCACAACCAUCACUCGUAGAAGACAUUUCUUCUGUAUCUACCAGGUUUCUUCCCUCGGAUAACGACUGCGCUGCCGGAGGGGAUGAUAAACUAUCGCGAUCCCGGCCACAUCCUCAGCUGACCGAUGAAGAAAAACUUAGGCUCGCGUGUAGCCAGAAGCCCACGCCCGAGUCUCAACAGAAGAAAAACGACUCUAACAACGUUCAUGGAAAGCCGGUAUCUUUUUUGUCAGUUGUUUCAUAUGAGCCAAGUUUGAGCCCGCAAUCGCUUUCUGUGCCCUGCUCCCAAACAUCAACUUGUUCAUCUUCUCCAGAGCCUCAGCCAAACGUAAUUGCCGAGCCGCAUCAGGAACUGAACAUUUUCUGUGAUUGCGAAAUAGCAAACGCCGAGAACAUGAAUGAUGCUAACGUAAGACAAAAUACUAAAAGCAGUAAACUGGCCGAGAAUUCUUUUCAACAGUACAGUUUGGGUGUUGGAGACCUCGAGUUAUUGGAUUUGUUCGGAGACGUUGAAAUACCAAUGAUUGAUUCAUGCGACUCCAAACAAGCUCUGAUUUCGAGAAUUUUCGACGCGGUUGCCAAACAGCAUUGCAUUGAACAUCAGCGUAAAGUCGAAACAGAAUCUGAGUCUGCUGAGGUUCGUAAUAUGGUCACCGUUGGGGGCUAG